CACCCAAUACUACUGGUGCACGCAUUCGUCUCGAUCAUUCUCUGCCAGCUCGCGCUACCAAAUUUGUGGAGGUCAGCGGGUGCAUUCGAUCUCCAAAAGAUGUGAUGAGUCGCGUUAGUAAUCGUUUCUGUGCAUUCUGUCGUUAACUUUUCAUAUCCGUGACGACCUGGACUUCUGUGCCUCGUUAUUGGAAAACAUCAGCGAAAUGUAAAUAACCGGAUGACGCCAACAUUAUUAUCCGCGAGAUGGUAAUAUGGCGAACAUCAAAGUGGCCGUGCGCGUGAGACCGGUAUCUGCUAGGGAAUUAAACUUAACGGGGUCCGCAGUGGUAGUCCGCGCAGAAUCGAAUGAGAUUUCCCUGACGAAUUUAAAGGUAUCGUCGAGUAAGGUUGGGGACAGUCGCGAAAGAACUCGGAGAUAUGAUUUCGACUACUGCUUCGAUUCGUCUGAUCCUGAAGCGAAAAAUUAUGCCACUCAAGCGACGAUCUACGAGACACUCGGCCAGUCCAUCUUGGAUGCUACGUUCUCUGGAUACAAUUCUUGCCUGAUUGCUUACGGACAGAGUGCAUCGGGAAAAACCUACACCAUGAUGGGCACGAAGGAGGAUCCAGGACUGAUUCCACGACUCUGUGAAGGAAUCUUCUCAAAGAUCGAACAGGAGAGCGAGCAUGAGAGAAUCUAUCGCGUGACAGUUAGUUAUUUGGAGAUAUAUAACGAGAGGGUAAGGGAUCUCCUGAAGCCGUCGACGAGCACGAGCGGUCUCAGAGUUCGAGAACAUCCUCGACUAGGACCUUACGUUCAAGGUUUAACGCACCAUGUGGUUCGCACCCUGGGGUCGUUGAUAUCAUACGUGGAGGAGGGCACGAAGGCCAGAAAGACAGCCUCGACACUUCAGAACCCCAGUAGCAGUCGUAGCCACGCUCUGCUGACGGUCGACCUCUCGCAGGAGACAGCCGACGCCGAGCGUCCCAACAGCAGUGGUACUUCCUUGUCCUCCAGGAGGCAGGACGCCACUCCGCACGGCGGUAGCAGGUUACACCUAGUCGAUCUGGCGGGCAGCGAGAGCGCGGCCACCUGCAGCGGCGUUCAUCGACUGAAGGAAGGUGCGAAUAUCAACAAAAGCUUGGUGGCUUUAGGGAACGUGAUAUCCGCACUCGCUGAGAGAGGCUCAACCGGAAGUAGGCCAGGAAGAAGAUACAUCCCUUACAGAGACUCUUCGCUCACUUGGCUGUUGAAGGAUGCACUCGGCGGAAAUGCCACCACCAUUAUGCUCGCCACGAUAUCUCCGGCCAGCGGAAGUUACAACGAGACCGCGCACACCCUACGAUUCGCGCAAAGGGCGCAGAGCGUGGUCAAUCGACCAGUGGUCAACGAGGAUCCCGUGGAGAGAAUUAUCCGUGAACUAAGGGCUGAAGUUGCCAGACUGAAAUCUUUAUUAUUGGAAAAGGAUAUCGACCAGACUAAAGCGCCGUGUUGCUGCAACAAAGUUCAAAGUUCAAAGGAUUCCGCGACAGAUCCUCAGUAUCGUGAAGAACAGGAAUUGCUCAACACUUCGCAAUUCGAGCAAUCGAAUCAUAAAAAUAAAACUGUACAAUCGAAAGAUAACAAAAAUCUCGAUACAUUUCCGAUAAGAAGAUACAAUUCCAGUGAUAGUGUGACGACUUAUGAGACGAGCUCUUCAGGGUCUAUCAGAAAGUUCAACUCCUACGAGCAUCUGCAACUUUCGGACCGCUUCAUCAGCAAUUAUAACCAGGCCAAGGUUACUGAAUUGAACGAUGAAGAUGACGAGGUGGUGAACGAGAUCAAGGAACCUGUCUUUGUGGAUAUACCAACGCUGGUAGCUGUGUUGAUCAAGCCAGACGACAACUUGCAAGAAUCAUCUACACAGAUCGAAGAAAUUUGCUCCGAUGAAGUGCAAGAAGAUUCGAUUGAUGCAGAUUUUAUAGAAGGCAGCAACGAGGAUUUCGAGGGAUCGGAAAGAAUCGAUGACGUCGAUCCUGAUGAUCGCAGCAGUUCAGCGAAUUCGUGCAUCUUGAAAGACUCAGAAAUCGGUGAUAUUCAUCAGAUUACCUCAGGAUGCCCUCCAAGUCCGGUAUCCGUUGGAAGAAGCAGACCGAGAGGUAAGUUCAGUAAGCAAAAUUCGAUCGAUUUACCUUCGUCCAACUUGAACGUCUCGAAGAAGUUUGGCUCUAUCGACGGGAUUAACAAGAAGAAGGAACCAAUUUUCGGUGUUCAGCGAUCGCACACGAACUUAGAGAAACGCCCGACGCUAUCCGAACGUGGGAAGAAGCUCAAUAAUAUUCGCGAGAUCGAUGAUCGCAAGGCAAAUGUUAAGUCGAGUAACAUUUGGAGAGCGAUCGGCAGUAAAGAUCAUCUGCAGAGGAAGAGUAGCAACGAGUCUGAUAAGAGUUUGAAAGACUCUAUCAGUGGCAGAACAGGUAGCUAUAAUAGUAUCGGCAGAAAGUCGAGUUUGGAAAGCUUGAAGAGAAAGACCAGCAAGGACAGUAGCUCAAGUAGCUCUAAAGACGAACAGAUCUUGAUCUCGAGUUUGACACGCGACAAGGUAGCGCGUAGAAAGAGCUCCUUGGAUCAAGAAGCAGCAGCAGCAGCGGCAACAGCGGCGGGCGGUUUAAAGCAUCACACAGUCAUUCAGAAAGUGAAACGCGCCGAAAUUGUGGCGGCUGUCACAGAAAGACUCUAUUCCAGCAGAAAGAACACGGAAGAGACUAAUAUGGCGAGCAGCAAUACACCGGGUAUGCGUUCACCACCGGAGGGUAUCGAUGUGAAGAUGCCAAACAGUCUCAUAGCGCGAUCAAGACUUCAGGAGAUUUCGCGAAAGAUGCUGUUGAAACGACGAAAGAUCAAUGUUGAUACUCAGACGGAAACGGCGUCGACACUGCGCUUCAAGGAUACAGCGAGCUUGACGGACCAACCUAAGGUGGUUCUCCAAGACGCAGCGGUUCUCACGGAUGAUCACGCGAACGGAGAUGUCGCGAUAGUUGCAAUGGAUCGUCGGUUACCUGUUCUUAGAGUAAAAGACAUGGCAACACUGACGGAUCGACGGCCGCCAACCAGCAUCUUCCGCUGCAAGGAUGCUGAAAGCUUAGCAACUGACCUGGACUUCGACGACUACGAACUCCACUCGCCGCGAAAUGAUUCUGGUAUACUUUCCGACGACGCGCAGAAUUACGCCGAAAGUAAUCUAUCCAGCGCUGAUGUGUCCGAGCUUUACCCGGAAAGUGGUGACAAAAGAGUACCAUGCGUGGAUAAUUCGACCAACACGUACCUCGCAUCGCCGGGAAGGAAUUCGGCGGUGCAAACGACGGUGCGACGUUUGGAAUCAGCGAAUCGGCUAAAAGAUAAUUCGGAGAAUAGAAGCUAUAGCGGAUGCUGUAGUUUGAUUCACGAGCUCAGUCAACACACACGAACUAAUAAUCCCGAAAAAAACGUUAUCUCCAUAUCUCUACCAGAAAUGAUCAGUAUAACUAUUGAGAGCACAAAUGGUCUAGAAUCAAGAAUCGCGGUGAUAGACGGCAGUGAUGCCGUGGAGGAGAAACCGAAACCCAUUUCCAGCGACAAGGUAACACAAACGGAUAAAGAGGUUAAAAAUGAAACUGAAGGAUCCUUUCUAAAGGAUUUUACAGUCAAAUCGACGGCCAUUCAGACGGACGGCAGAGUUUUUAGAAUCGAGAAUAUCUUUCAAGAUCCGAAGAGCAAAAGCUGUAAUGACGCGUCUGCCGAUGUGAAGAAAGAGAAUGCGAUGAAGAAGUCGGUAACUUUUAGAAGUUCUUUAGGCACUUCUUCUGUCAUCGAAACAAAAGAGAAUGGCACAGAGACGGAACGGAAUGGAAUAUACAAUGGUGACGUUUGUCAGGAAACGUGGCCGAUUCCGAAAGGUAGUUUAACACAGGCUUUCAUCAUUAAGAAACGUAGCUACAGUUUGAGUCCUAGAAAACCACAUAGACUUGCCGAUCAUGAUCUAUGGAAAAACUGGACCCUUCCGUGUCUAGAAAGAUCGAAAUUUAUCGAUUACAACAGAGAGAGAAGAACUAUACCAUCAUCUACGCAACAAGAUAUUAAUUUAGAAUUAGUUGAUAAUUUAUUUUCUUCUAUGAUAAACAGCAAAUGUUCUUUUGACGAUAUAAUUCCAGAAGACACGGCUCAGAAAUCAUGUAAUCAAGACUCGAAGGACAAUUGCAAGAAUUUGAAGAAAUCAAAAUCUAUUACAAUAAAGAACUUAUUAAAUUACGAUCAUAAUUUUUCGGAUGACAGUCUUGAUUAUGACGACGACAACGUUGCGAAAAAGACAACUGAGAUAAAAACUAUGGAUGACGAUAAAAAUUAUGAGAGCCUUUGUCCUCCGGAUGUCGUUGCGCACACGAAGAAGGAAGCUUCGAAAUCGAUGAAUCAUGUAGAUUCAAUUGAGUCCUCGACAUUAGUCGAGAUAGCCAACGAUUUUGAUGAUAUUCAGAUAGAGUUUCCAAAGAGAAAACCUGAUGAAAAGAAUUCACUGCAAGAUUACAAGGCGUUGAUCCUAGGAACAUCAUUACAUAUUGUAGACAGUGAUUCCGAAGGAGAAGCGAAAACCAAACAGUUUGAUAAUACCAGCAAGAAAAAAGUGUCUUUUUCAAAUCCCAGUAGUCUCGAGGAAAUAACUGACGACGUAACUAAUCGUAAAAUUCUGGCACCAAAACAAAAUUCAGAGAUAGCCUUAAAGCCUAUUAUAAAGAAGGUGAAGAAGAAGAAGCCGGUUGUGACUGAAAGUUUGGAUAUCAUUCGAUCAAAUGUUAAAAUCGAUCAGUCUUUACAGCAGAAAAAGAUAGAAUCGAUGAAGAGCGAAGAGGUUCUGCCUGCUUCGAAAAAGAAGAAUGAUUCUGAGAACUCCGAAGAAUCGCUUAACAACGAGAAGAUGGAAUUCUCCAACGAAGAUCCUCGCAACGAAGUUAUCGAAGAUAGUGUCGUCAUCGACAAAGACGCUCAUUCUCGUACAGCAUCGAAGAGAAAUAUUAUUGAAGAAUAUCUGAAUGAAGCAAUAACUUUCAUGCGCAACAUGAACUCUAUCAACGAGUACAUGAGUGCCACAAACAUGUUGGAGAACUAUGGGAAGCGUCGCAGAAGACGAGGAAGUCGUCGUGGGAAUAAUUCGAGUAUGGAUAAAGAUUAUGUAGAAUUUCGAGGAUGCAAAGUGAGCCUGAAGGAUGACACCGACAAAUACUUGCUGCCGGACAACGAUGAGAUUGUUGCUAUUGAAUCUUACGUGAAAUGUAUGAAAGGCAUCGAGAGAUUGGAGGCAUGCAUCGAUAAUGUCAACAAGCAUAAUCAAGUCCUUCGAGACAGAUAUGGCAUCGAUGUUGAGUCUUCUGGCGCUAAAUUGAGUUUAGCGAGUUCCAGUGUAGACUCUAAGGUGUCCAGCAUCAGUGACGACGCUAUCCAUCAAUGCGGGAACUUAAUUUCCGAAAAUGAUGCUGAGAAUUGCGAUAAAUCCAAUCUUUCCAGGAUUUCCUUACCACUUUUGUCUUCCACUCGAACUGACGUCGCGAAACGAUUUACGUUAAAUGAGACAGAAAAGUAUCAAGCUGUUACUGAAAUAGAUAAACAGGAUCUUGACGACAAGAACAACAAUAUUACUGAGGAUGAUCUCGAGCGUAAAAUCUUCGAUCAACUAAUGCGCGCGGCCGAUCUUAGUAAAUGCUGGAGUCUGAAACAAUCCCGACAGGAACGCCCCCGGAAAAUAUCCGAUCUUAGAUCGCAAAGCCCGACAACUUACUCCAAGUUACGAGGGACUUUCCAACAGGACGUUCAUGGCAUCCUUAAUUUCGACGAAGUUUCCACCGCCGAGGAUUAUCUCGACCACAUUCACGGAAUCGAGAGUAGCCCCUGGACGUUUAGGAAAACGAAGCUAUCGGAUCAAACGAACGAUAUUAACUCGAGGACAUCGAUUGGUUUUGAAAUUGAUUCUGAAGCAUUUUGCGGCGAAUCAAUUUCAAAAUCGGAAGACAAUGAUAAUUUGUCAGAUAUCGAGAUGUCGAACAAAUCGACGAUUUUCCAAAUAAAGCAUCAUAAUUACCUAAUAGGCCCUACAAAAUCGAUCGAAGUAGGACCGCCUCAUACAGAAAAGGAGAUUGCGCGGAAAUCAAAAGAUAGUUUAAGAACUGAGUUAAUAAACUCCAGAUUUGGAGAUUCUUUUACAGUGGAAUUGAAAUAUCCCGGUAGUCCAAGAGCAAAAUUUUUGGAGCUUUUAAGAGAGAGGAGACGUAUCGUAGAAAAUAGCAGGGGUACGAAUGCAUUUUAAGAUCGUUCAAUCGAUCUUUUUUCUUAAAUUGUAAAUCUAUUUUU